AUGUCGGGCGGAUCAGCAUCAGGAGCGGAGCUGGAAUGGCCGGCGACGCGCGUGCGCGACACGUUUCUGCAGUUCUUCAAGGAUCGCGAACACACGCACGUGCCGUCCAGCCUCGUCGUGCCGCUGGAUGACCCCACGCUGCUCUUCGCCAACGCUGGCAUGAACCAGUUCAAGCCCAUCUUCUUGGGAACGGUGGACCCCCGCAGCCCCAUCGCCGCCCUCAAGCGCGCGGUGAACUCGCAGAAGUGCAUCCGCGCUGGCGGCAAGCACAACGACCUGGACGACGUGGGCAAGGACACGUACCACCACACCUUCUUUGAGAUGCUCGGCAACUGGUCCUUUGGGGAUUACUUCAAGCAGGAGGCCAUUACGUGGGCCUGGGAGCUCCUCACGCAGGUGUACAAGCUGCCAGAGGAUCGCCUCUACGCCACCUACUUCGGCGGGGACGAGAAGCUAGGCUUGGAACCGGACCUGGAGGCUCGGGACAUCUGGCUCACUGUGCUCCCAGCCAGCCGAGUGCUACCCUUUGGCUGCAAGGACAACUUCUGGGAGAUGGGUGACACGGGCCCCUGUGGGCCAUGCACGGAGAUCCACUUUGACCGCCUGGGCGGGCGCGAUGGCAGGGUGAACGCUGACGACCCACGUGCAUUGAACGGAACAACACCUGGGACGAACAACGUGUUCAUCCAGUUCAACCGCGAGGCGGAUGGCACACUUAAGACACUGCCGGCCAAGCACGUGGACACGGGGAUGGGCUUUGAGCGCCUGACGUCCAUCCUGCAGGGCAAGCUGAGCAACUACGACACUGACGUGUUCAUGCCCAUCUUUGAGGCGAUCCAGAAGGUGACAGGAGCAGCGCCUUACGAGGGCAAGCUGGGCAAGGAGGACACGGGCAACAAGGACAUGGCGUACCGUGUGGUGGCAGACCACAUCCGCACUCUCUCCUUCGCCAUCGCUGACGGCGCCAGGCCCGGCAGUGACGGUCGUGACUACGUGUUGCGCCGCAUCCUGAGGCGAGCUGUGCGAUACGGACGGGAUGUGCUGGGCGCCCAGGAAGGCUUCUUCAGCUCGCUGGUGCCAGUGUUCGCGGACCUCAUGGGGGACACCUUCCCUGAGCUGUGCAAGCACGGGCAGCGCAUUCAAGACAUCAUCAGUGAGGAGGAGGCUGCUUUCGGCCGCACCCUCCAAAAGGGUCUGCAACGGUUUGAGAAGGCUGCCUCUGAAGUGAAGGACGGCAAGCUGAGUGGCCAGGACGCCUUUGUGCUCUGGGACACCUUCGGCUUCCCUGUUGAUCUUACCCAGCUGAUGGCGGAGGAAAAGGGUUUGGCGGUGGACAUGGCAUCAUUCGAGAAGGCGAUGACUGACGCCAGGGAGAUGUCACGAGGGGCCAGGAGCAAGGGUGGAGCGGGGGCACUGGUGAUGGAGGCAGAGGCGACAGCAGAGCUGCAGAAGCGGGGCAUCGAUCCCACUGAUGACUCGCCCAAAUACGUGUGGCGCCAGGAUCACCCAACCACCGUACGAGCCAUCUUCACCCCUUCCGGCUUCGUCGAAUCAGUAACCGCCACGUCAGCAGACGCACCCACCGAAGUUGGCCUCGUGCUGACCAGCUCCAGCUUCUACGCAGAGCAGGGCGGACAGAUAUUCGACACCGGCGCCAUUAUCAAACCUGCUAAUAACGGGGAUGCUAAUAACGGGGAUGCGAGGUUCGAGGUCCGGUCGGUGCAGGUGUACGGCGGUUACGUGGUGCAUGUCGGCGUGGUGACAGGUGGCAGCGUGGCAGUGGACGACGCGGUGGUGUGCCAGGUGGACUACGAUCGGAGGGCCCUGGUGGCACCGAAUCACACCUGCACGCAUUUGCUCAACCAUGCGUUGAAGAAGGUGUUGGGAGACCACAUCGACCAGAAGGGCAGCCUUGUAGCGGAGGAUCGACUCCGAUUCGACUUCUCCCAUGGCAAGCCCAUCGACCCCAAGGACCUGGGGAAGAUUGAGGGGGAGGUGGUGGAGCGGGUGAAGGCGGGUCUGCCUGUGUACGCUCUGGAGUCCAGCCUCGCGGAUGCCAGGCGUAUCAUGGGGCUCAGAGCGGUCUUCGGAGAGGUCUACCCCGAUCCAGUGCGAGUGGUAUCAGUGGGCACACCAGUAGAGCAGCUACUGCAGGACCCCGAGAACCCGCAGUGGGCCAACAGCUCCAUUGAGUUCUGCGGUGGCACGCACAUCAGCAACACGUCAGAAGCGGAGUCAUUCGCAAUCAUCAGCGAGGAGGGAAUAGCCAAGGGCGUGAGGCGCAUCAUCGCAUUCACCACUGCCAAGGCCAAGGAGGCCAUUGCCCUUGCCGACCAGUUCGCCACCCGGAUUGAGGCGGCCGGCAAGCUGUCUGGGACCGCCCUGGAGAAGGAGGUGGCAGCUUUGAAGGGCUCUGUUGAUUCAGCUGUGAUCCCAGCGGCCUACAAGGCGCAGCUCAAGGCGUCGCUGCUGAAGCUGCACGACCGCCUGCGCCAGGCACAGAAGGCUGCUGCCGGGGCCAACCUCAAGCUCGCCAUUCAGACUGCGGUUGAGACGGCGGCAGCGGCGGCAGCGGCGGGGGAGAGUGUGUGUGUGUUGCGGAUCGAUGUGGGGCUGGAUCCGAAUGCGAUUAGGGAGGCUGUGGUGACGGUGCUGGGGCAGCAGAAGGAGCUGGCGGUGCUGAUGGUAUCGGUGGAUGAGGAGAAGGGCAAGGUGUUGGUGUAUGCGGGUGUCCCUGACGCUGUAGCGGCCCGUGGCCUGUCGGUGCUGGAGUGGCUGCGGGCGGCACUGGUGCCUGUGGAAGGCAAGGGGGGCGGCGGCAAGGGCGGGCUGGCGCAGGGGCAGGUGAGCGAUCACAGAGCAGAGCCGGCAUGUGGGCUGUGUGUGCUGGAGUGGCUGCGGGCGGCACUGGUGCCUGUGGAGGGCAAGGGCGGCAGCGGAAAAAAGGCGGGCUGGCUCAGGGGCAGCGGCAAACUCGGCACUCCAGUUGGUUCUCUGAGAGCCUUCAUGAACGGAUCGCAGGUGCUCGACGCGAGUGGCGCGGCCGUGGGCGACGCGAAUGCGACGGGGGUGAUCGGGCUGGUGGUGCUGAAAACCGAUACAGACUACAACAUUCUUUACCAAGCCGGCGUGCGCGUGACGGACGCCGGCCUCCCCACCUCCAUCGCCAUCAACUCCGCCGCCGCCGGCGCCGGUGGCUCCCCCGUUAUUGAGUUCUCCGCUACCGAGGCCGCGUGGCAGAAUUACACGUGGAACGGCACCCGGUUCGGGCAGGGCGGAAACGGCGCUGGCGGCGCGUCCGGGCGCGGCGCGGCGCUGAAGGCGGUGCUGCAGGUGUUGGCGCAGUUCUUCCCGAAUCUCAACGCCACCGGCACGGGAUCCUUCUUCGGCGGGCGGGGCGGGCGCGGGGGUCCGCGCGCCGGGUUCGCUUAUGGCUUCUCCGGUGUUUGGUACAACGCGAGCACGAUCACCAACAGCGCGGGGCGCAGCUACGCUGACGUGGUGGCCACCGACAUGCUCGCCGCGCCCAGCAGCUUCUUCGGCGUGGUUACCACCGACGCCUACGCCGACGGCGUCGUCGGGGGGCCCUUCGCCAACCACACCCGCCACGCGGGCGGUCGCGGCGGAGGCAUGCGCGGUGGUAGGCUCGGAGGUUUCCGAGGGUAG